CAGCUAUGAGAGACUUUGUCCAAAGAGUUGUAGAGACACUCAGUGUGGAUGACAACAAAGACCGUGUCUCAGUGGUUCAGUACAGUAGAGAUCCAGCCGUCCAGUUCUAUCUGAACACAUACAGGACAAAGGGCGAGAUCGUUGACACCCUCAGAGGUUUGAAACACAAAGGUGGAAGACCCCUCAACACUGGAGCAGCCCUCCAGUAUUUGAGGGAUAAUGUCUUCACAGCCUCUGCAGGCAGCAGGCGCCUGGCAGGAGUUCCACAGGUGCUAAUAUUGCUAAGUGGUGGAAGGUCUUUUGACCGUGUUGAUGCACCAGCCUCUGCUCUGAAAAAGAUGGGUGUCUUGAUCUUUGCCAUUGGAACCAGGAGCUCUAAUAACACAGAACUGCGGAGGAUAGCCCAGGAUCCAAGUUACGCUCUGUCUGUGCCUGAAUUCAUUGACCUUCCCAGUGUCCAACAGCAGCUUCAGUCCUCUGUGGAGGAAGUGGUUAUUGACGUCACCCCAUUAGAACCAACUGUACUUGGUAUGUUUACUAGCACAGCCUCUUGCCUGAAGGGCUACCUGACUUGUCUAACCUUGCAAAGUUUUAAAUUUGUUCCCGUUCUAUCUGUUCUCAGUUGACAGUGACAAAAAGGAUAUUGUAUUCCUUCUGGAUGGUUCUGAUGGCACAAGGAAUGGCUUCCCUGCCAUGCGUGAUUUUGUUGAGAGAGUGGUGGAGAAACUGAAUGUAGGAGAAA